AUGCCGUCCGCCACCACAAAGCGUGCCGUCCGCAUCGGCGGCUGCUCCGGCGGCUUCGCCGACCGCCAGCGGGCGUAUCACGACCUUGCAAAGUCUGGCGAGGUCGAUGUCAUUGUCGGAGACCACAUGUCCGAAUGCACAAUCGCCAUCCACGGCACCAGCAAAGUCCGCAACGCGGAAGCAGCCGCCAAGGACCCGCGGGCAGCGCUGCUCGACAUGUUCGACCCGUCCUUCAUGGGCAGCCUGGCCCCGGCGCUACCCUGGUGCCAGAAGAACAAUGUCAGGGUCGCGGUCAACGCGGGCGCCAGCGCGCCGGAACAGCUGGCGCGGCUCGUGAAGCAGGAGAUCAACAACCAGGGACUCACUCUCAAGGUCGCGUGGGUCGAGGGCGACGAUGUGUCGGAGCAGGUGUUCGCCCUGCGGGCAAAGGGGGAGAAGUUCAAGAGCCUGGACACGGGGAAGGACUUGGCAGACUGGGGACACGAGCCGAUCUGCGCGCAAGCCUACCUGGGCGGCAUGGGCAUCGCCGCAGCCCUCGAGGCCGGCGCAGACGUCGUCAUCUGCGGCCGCGUAGCCGACGCCGCUCCCUGCGUGGGCGCCGCGGCGUGGUGGCACGGCUGGGACGCGAGCAACUUUGACGCCCUCGCCGGCGCGCUCAUCGCGGGCCACCUGAUCGAGUGCUCGACGUACGCGACGGGCGGCUACUACUCUGGGUUCAAGGACCUGUUUGACGGGUGCGAGAACCUGGGGUACCCCAUUGCCGCGGUGGAGAGCAACGGCGACGCGGUGCUCACCAAGGAGAAGGGCACGGGGGGCGAGGUGAGCGUCGGCACGCUGACCUCGCAGCUCGUGUACGAGAUCCAGGGCCCGCUGUACUACAACUCGGACGUGGUCGCCCGGCUUGAGGAUAUCAAGCUCGAGCAGAUUGGCAAGGACCAGGUGCUGAUGACGGGGGUCAAGGGCGUGCCGCCUCCGCCGACGACAAAAGUCGGGGUCACGGGGCACGGCGGCUAUCAGGCAGAGUUUCACUACCUCUUUGUGGGGUUGGACAUCCAGAAGAAGGCCGAGUGGACGGAAAAGCAGAUCCGCCACGCCAUGCGCAACCACAUUGACAAGUUCUCCGUGCUCAAGUUCCACCUCAUCGGCUCGGCGCCCGCGGACCCGGAGUCGCAGGACUCGGCCACCGUCGACUUCCGCAUCUUCGUGCAGACCAAGGACCCGUCCAUCCUGGGCAUGGGGUCGUGGGCCAGCCUGGGCGGCGCCGAGUCGUUCACCCGGUGGUGCAUGCAGAACUUCCUGACGUCGUGCCCGGGCGCCAGCGUGGUGCCCGACGGGCGGCAGUCCUCGGGCAAGCCGAUCUGGGAGUACUGGCCGACCCUGCUGCCGCAGUCGCUCAUCCGGCAGAAGGCGUGUCUCGAGUGGUCCGGUGAGAGGAUCGAUAUCCCGAGCCCGACGGAUACGAAGCCCUUCAGCAAGCAGCAGGACUCGUACGACACGGCGAACCCCGCGGACCUGGGCUCGUUUGGGCCGACGACGCGCGGCCCCUUGGGCUGGGUGGUCAUGGGUCGCUCUGGCGACAAGGCGUCCGACGCGAAUGUCGGCUUCUUUGUGCGCCAUGAUGACGAGUGGGACUGGCUCAGGAGCCUGCUGAGCACGCAGAAGAUGAUUGACCUCCUGGGCAAGGAGUACCUCGGCCACGGCGUGGACCGGUUCGAGAUGCGGCAUCUUCGCGCGGUGCACUUCCUGGUGCGGGACCACCUGGAUCGCGGGUUCAACAGCACCUCGUCUAUGGAUGCGCUAGGCAAGAACCUGUGCGAAUUUAUCAGGGCGAAGUACGUGGAUAUCCCAAAUAAGUUUUUGGAGCGUGGGAAAAUCUAG